CCCAGCAGUACCACCCGCAAGUUCCGCCCACCUGUGCCCAGCAGUGCGCCCACUACCUCCGCCCACCUGUGCCCAGCAGAUCACCCACCUGUGCCCAGCAGAUCACCCCACCUGUGCCCAGCAGUGCACCCACCUGUGCCACUCUGCAGUGUCACACACCUGUGCCCAGAAGUGCCACCUACCUGUGCCCAGCAGUGCCACCCACAUGUGCCCACCCACCUGUGCCCACCAGUGCCACCCACCUGUGCCCACCCACCACCACCAGUGCUGCCCACCAGUGCCACCCACCAGUGCCACCCACCAGUGCUGCCAUCAGUGCCGUCUAUCAGUACCCAUCAUCAGUGUCACCUAUCAGUG